AUGUCAAUUAAUGAUAAGGGCAAUGGAAAGAGCCUCAUGGGAGUUGUCAAUAGAAAACAACAAGAUUUGGUGUUUGUUGAUUCGGCUCCCAUGUCUCCUCUUGCAUUGCAAAAAGGGAAUGAAUUUUCAGCAAGGAGACUACGGAAUAUUACAACUGGUCUUUUAAAGUACUACUCAUGCAGCUUGUUAUACAAUGACUCGGUUGUCACGGUCACAACGAUAUCAUUGUCCGUCAACGCAAUAACUCGGACUAAAAAAUCGAAGUUAAAGCUUCAGCGCCAGACCAUCACAGACUGUGAAAACGCCAUUGUACAAACUCUGAGCGGACUUUCGGUAAAACCAGUUGCAGCAAACCUUCACCUUAGUCGUUCGCCAGACUUGAUGCUCUUCACACCACUCAUUGCUUCAGAUGUGAAGCUCACAGAAAAUAUGUACUCUUUCGCUCAGCUGAAGCUCAUAAAAGUGCAUAUAUCUCCGGGAAUGGCGUUCGAAGAGAUGUUUCAGCUUUUCGUGGUCUGUUACAAGGAGGUUCGGGAACCGCCAAUCCUCAAAAAAGUCACUAUAAAAAUUAUCGAAAAAACACUUCUGCCGAACGACGGAGACUGGAUUCUUGAAGAAAAGACUCUUGUUUUGAAAUCAGAUAAACUUUCAAGAUUGUCUCAAGUCGAGUUAGAAAAAGUGAGAGUGGUGGACCAAGGUACUGAGUAUGAAAUUCCUUCCCUGGUUUUGCACUGUAUCAUUCCAGCAAUUGAGCCCACACUAUACUCAGCAUCGUUACAUAGGGAAUAUGUGUUUCGAGUGAAGGUGACAAUUAUCUACAACGGGUCAACCUCGAAGAAGCUAGUCUACUUUAUUCCCGCUCCAGUCCUGAUAGAACCCCACAAAGAACUAUUUAUGGAUCCUCCCAAAUACCAGCCAUCCAUCACUAAGCUUGAGCGAUAG